AUGCAUUAGAACGAUCGAUACUUGGUACUGGACUACUGUGAAAGAGCUGAAAUUCAGGCAGAAGUGCAACGAUUGGGUGAAAGUUCCUCACCUCGAUCGAACAAACCAUCUGCGGCGGCAGCGGAUGAUUCGAAACUGACCGCGGUCACCGCGACAUCUCUGGGCAAUCGUCCGACUAGUGAAAAAUUCCGUACUCGAUCCGGGUCCCCAAUACACACUUACGCGGUCCGACCACGUCGUCCGAAAACUACGGUCGAUUUUCCCCGUGUCCCCCCAGUCUUGUCAGCCCGCGGAGAUAGUUCGGCUCCGCCGACCUCGGGAACUGGAACCAAAUUUCGUCCGGUUGGUCUGGCUCGUUCAGGUAGUAGUUUGAGUAGCUAUCACAUUGAUCAUCAUGUGAAACUGAGUCCAUUCAGUCGAUCUCCACCGGGAGAACAGGCCAAAGCGGAAGCGUUACACCUUGUGCUCACAGCCAGUCAAAAUGGACCAUCCACCGAAAUGACUCUGCUGCCUAAAGAUGCGUAA